AGCAGCAACUUCAACCUCAUCCAGAAAUAGUACAUGGUCAGUCUAAGCCUGGCUUCCAGCUCAACAGCAAACCGAAUGGCUGAAAACAAGUUGUUUUCUUGCCUGAAUCAUUCUAAAUGACUAAAUACAGCUCCAUUUCAUCAUGGGUGAAGUUCGUGUUGUACCCAGUGGAAAAGUCUACAGGCAAAUCUUCGAUGCUGAGGUUCAACUUGUCCGUACACUGGGGGAAGCAAGAAGAAAGUCCCAGCACCAUGCAGUUCCCCUUGACAGUGGGAGAAUUCCCAUUGUUCGACAUUUGGACACAUCAACAGGACACGUUCUCUCAUCUCGGCGACGUACAUGGAUGGAAGGACUGUUAAAUGAUGGUAUAACUGAAAAUCCAGUGCUACACAGAAAUGCAGUCCUUUCAGCCAUUAAGCCUAAAGAGGUUGUCGAACAGAACAAUGCGGUGAGAGAGGUGAAAGGGCUUCCUGAUGUAGUUGUUCCUGCAAAGAUAGGUUCCAACAUUAUUCACCAUCUGCUUGCUAACAAGCAGGAAAACCAUGGGGCAACAGUGAAGAAGUUAGAAGAAGAACUGGCUGCUAUCAGCAGGGAGUUGGAGAAGCGAUUUACCGAAGCUGCAGAACACCUACUGCAGGAAGUGGAGAAGUCUUAUCAAACCGUUCAGGAACUGUGGUCAAAGACAGAAAAUAUCACUGAUAGUUCUGCAAUAAUAUUUGAGAAUCUGCAGGAAGUAUGGGAAGCUAUUGUGAACCAAUCACUGCACAGGAGAAAAUUAAUCAACGAGCUUGAUAAAACUUACAAAGAUUUUGAAAAAGAGAGAGUGAAGAAGAUAACUGCUGCUUUUAAGGACUGCUUGGAAGCUUUGGAAAAAAUCGCUUAUAUCCCAUUAGGUGAUAUUCAUCGAUUUAUAGAUAAAGAAGCCAUGCUUAUAAACCAGGCUUUGCUGGCAAAUCAAAGAGCCAUGAAUAAGCUGUAUGUGAAUCUGAUGGAGGCUGAUCUGAUACAUGAGAUGUCAGAGCGGCAGAAGCGUAACUUGAAAGUGCAUGAGUUGAAUAUUCGCAAGAAGAAUGACAUCCUUCAGAAUUUCAAAGAUUUUUUAGCAAAUGAUUGGAAUGCUGGAUUAGAAAAUGAGAAGUAUUUAUUGAUGCAAGAACAACAAAAUCUAAAUUACAAACGGAUUCAGCGUCUUGAGGGCAUUGUAAACAUGAACCCCUUUGACUUAAAUAAAGCCACAUUGCUUCAGUGGUAUGACUCCGUACGAGCCUUAAAUCAGGAGAUAGAUUCCCUCCAUAUCCAAUAUACAAGUAAAUUACAGGUAUAUCAUGAAAAGGUGUAUCAUGUGUGGAUGACAGAAAUUGACAAGUCUGAGGAGAUGCUUGUGAACUCAGGGGCGUGUACAAGAGAAGAGGCCAAAAAGCUGAUAGUUUCUGACUUUCUUCCAAUUAUUGGCAAUUUACAACGUGCGUUUGAAAAUGAGCAAUACAAUGUGGAUAAACACAUGGAGAUCUUGGAUCAGCAGAUGGAACUUCAGUGUAACUGGAUAUAUUCUGUUAUCAAGGAAGCCACUGAACUGUGGGAGGUGCAUCAAGAAAUCCUAGCUGACCAGGAGCAGCAGCUGAAAGACCGGAUAGAUAACUGUCGUAAAAAACACGACAAAUCGAAUCAGACGAGGGAAGCAAAUCUAGAUAUGCUCAUUGACCAACUAAGACAGAGAAACUCAGAAGGAGAACUGAAAUCAGACCUCAAAAAAGUCAAAUGCCUGCUGGAUGGGAUUAAAAGAGGAUAUGAGGGCUUUUACCAAAGGCAGAUGAAAAUUGUUAAUGAUUAUCCUUCCACAUCAGAAAAGGAGCUGCUCAGAUUCAGUACCGCUAUCAGUAAAUGUUUUGAUGUUAUUGAAAUCUACAAGCCGAACAAGCCAAAGAUAAUAAUAGAUGCUCCUACAGAGGUAGCUUCUCCAGAUGAAGUUGCCGUUACCCAAUCUGAAAUGAGUGAAGACAUUCAUGGAGAUAUUCUGGAUGAAAGUGAAAGGAAUGAAAGCAUGAGAGAAGAAGCUUCAGACCUGUCAGUCACUCCUAAUAGUGAGGAAGGAGCAGAACUUUCAGGUCAAGAAACAAGCUCUCAUAUUCAAGGCAUCAGCAUCGAAAGUAUCCCCAAACAGGACGAAACUGAGGAAAGUAGAAAUACCAGCGAUUGGUCAGAGCAGGAGUUAUCACUUUAUACAAGCCAGCACUUAUCUGAGGAAGCGUCUGAGGAGAAGAUGGGGUCAAUCUCCCCCAAGGAACAAAGUGGUGCUUUGGAAGAAACAGAUCAUGGCAAAAUGUCCACUAAAUUUGAGUAUUUCAAAACCUCAAAGGGGAACAUCUACACAGUGAUGUUGGACAAAAAAGGCAGAAGCAGUAUGAAUGUGAUCUCUUUCCUGGCAGAAACUGAAGAACAGAAGCAUCUUCAAGACUACAUGAAACAUGCAUUCCUCCCUGAAGCAACAUUUCUGGAUUUAAAGAAAAAGAUGCGCUUGAACUUCUUUGAACUCUUAGAGGAUUGGUAUGAUAAAGCCAUGAAUAAUGCCAAGAAUAUUGCUGUGAUUAAGAAGAAAGAGUUCAAAGCGGAGUUGGAGCUGCGAAAGCACCUGCAUGAGCCCAGAGAAAAACGCAUUAAGAUGGAUGUAUUCAACGUCAGAGCUGUGGAACUGCGCCUGCACAGGGACAGAGUCGAACGUCACUGUAGAGGAGUGGAUGAAGUUUUGACAAAACUGAAAAAGGAUUUUAGAGCACUUCAGUCAGAGCACUGCAAAUCCAUUGUGGAGUUCCGUAACAAUAUUCACAACUUGGAGGAGAUCUUUAAAACUGCAAAUAAAUCUGAAAGGCUAAUUAAUUUACAAAAUUCCCUUCACAAUAAGCAGGAGAAAUACAUGAAUUCUGUCAAUAAAUUAUUUCGCAAAUUUCAGAAUAUGCUGGACAAAUCUCUAGGAAAAUUGCAAGGUGACAAUGCACAGUUUGUCACAUCAUUCAGGUACUGUAAAAAGUUUGAAUUUAGACAGCGAGCUGUCAUAUUCAGUAUGGUAAAAGGUCAGAUAAAAAUCAUAACUAAGCACCUCUAUCUUUACAGUGCAAUCAAAUAUUCCAAGAUAAACCGUUUUGACCCAAGGUAUCAAGUUUUUGGAGAAACAGUAGAAAAAUCUGACCAAUUUAAAGGAUCAAUAACAUUCAUUUUGUGGGAGAAUACUAAUGCCUUAAUGGCAAUUGCUGAGGAAUAUUACAAAAAGAAGGAUCGACAUCCAGUCUACCGACCUGAAUAUCUGAGGGACACAUUUGAACAAUGCGCAGAUGAGCUAAUUCAAAGGAUGCUAUUAUAUCAAGCUCAGGCUGAUAUCUAUCACAGUAACUGUCUGCAAGAGUUCAGAGAGCAGCUAAAAAUGUUUGAGGAGUUGGUCUCCUCUGUACCUCCAUUCCUAAUUGAAGAGGUUCUCAAGCAGCACUUGGACUUGAUCACAAAGACCUUGGCAGAAAAAUGCUCCAUAUUCAGGAAGAAAUUAAAUCAACUGGAGAACACUAAGAAUGAGAACAAACGCAGGUUGCGACCAAUUUUGGGCCAUCCCAACAAUGCGGAGGUGCUGGAGAGUUUGUGCAAAGAGGAGGAAGAAAGACAGAAUGCUGAGGCCGCAGAGAUCAAUGGAAAUGUAAAGGACCAGAAGAACUGUAUGCUUGAACACGCCCAGAACUUUGUGGCUAUACUCUCCUCUCUCUCUGAACAGCUCCUCCUGGAAUAUGACAACUUCCUCAUUUUUGAUAAUAUCCUGUCUGCUCAACCAGAAGCAACAGGUGAAACUACUCGUCAGAAGCGACCUGGACCCCUGUUACAAGAGGACGAAAAUACUUCCACCAUUGAGAUGUCCCGUGAAAGCAGAACUUGGCCAGGAAUUCCAGCCUAUGAGCUUUCACAAAUUUGUAAGCAUUACAACGUCUGGAGAACUGCAUCCACGGCACCUUUAUUCGUGGAAACUGCGACUGUGACAACUGCGAAGACAGUACUGGCUGAUCUGGCUGUACUUAAGUCGAGAGACGCUGCUUAUGUGAAGUACAAGCAGUGUUUUCUGCAGGAGAUGUCACAGAUAGAACGUGAAACAGAGGGGCUGCUGAUUAAUGCCCAGAAUUGGCGAGAUGGCUGGAGAGGUUCAGUAGUGAAUAUAAUGAAGUUGUAUGCCCUGGUCCGACCUCCUUGUAUUAUUCCUGAUCCUGUGUUUUAAGUUGCCCUAUAGUUGCUCAUCAGUUGUAUUUUAAUUCACUAAACUAAUAAAGAUAUAUAUUU